CGUGGUGGAAUAAAAGUGAUUCCACGUAAUGCUAUCGGGGCCUGGGGAUCGAUUGCGUAUUUUCACUGUGGCGAAAAUAGGAAAAGGGAAUAGCUGUUAGCUAAUCGCGUGUUAGGGUGAAAACAGGACAAGCACAACGAUCGGCUAACAGUAAUUCGCUUUUCGUGUUGUCGCAUAGUUAUAAUAUUGAAUUGGCCCCUUUGACUUCAUUGAUUCCACUGCGUGAUUUCACAGUGGAGCCACAGUGAUACCAGCAUAUUUUCUGGUAGGAUAUUCUGUUCUGUAAAUAUACCGACUGUAGGUCAUUCAAUCCUGUCAGAUGAAAACAUUUUUGCACAUGUUCUGUGAAAUAAUAGCGUUUUCAUGCAUUUGACUUGGCAAAAAGUAAUUACGGAUGUUACAGAUGUUUCUAAUUAAAUAAACAGAGUAAGCAAUCAUAUUUCGUAACGUGGAAAUAAUACCACGUAGUCGAUUGAAAAGUACCAGUCUGGCACUGUUAUUUGCCUGUCAGGAAGCUGUCAAUAUUAUACGCUAUUCAUAGUUACUUAACAUUCAAGAUGGCCGAGGUGGGUUGACAUCGUAAUGUCAGUCCCGUUAUAUUUACACGAAUAAUUAAUAAUAGAUCCGCACCGAUCGAUUAAUAAAUGGAUAGAAACAAGCUUGGCCUAUCAGUCAAAAACUCCAUCAUCAUGGAGGACCUAAAAUUCAAAUUUUUAGGUCUUAUUAAUAAGCAGAAUCAAGCAAAGAUUCCAUCUAUGGGACUUCAUCCUGAUUUACUGAAUCCAGUGGAGUAUCAAAAGAAUGAGGACACACAGUCUGAGGCAGGACGUUCUACGGAGAGUGAACUGCUACCUGAUCAGGAUAUUUUGGAGUCUAUUGAACGUGUUUAUUAUGAGACUGGUGGAAGCUUUGAUCCAUGUAGGCAUGAACUUGAGAAACUGCCUGAAGUCUUGAACUCUAAGGAUAUAGAACAUGAUUGUAAGAAAUUAAAACAGCAACAUCAAGUUGUUUCGAAGAAGGUUUUGCAGCUUAUACUCCAGAAGCAGAGUGCAUGUAAGGAGGAGUUUGAGAGGAUUCUAAAGAUUCAGGAACAGUUGCAAGAUACAUUGGACAUAUGCAGAAUGGGCAGAUCAGAUCUAAACCUAGCAAAACUGCAGUUCACUACAGCGAGUCUUGGUAUCCUUGCGAAUUAUCAAAAGCGACAGGUUGUUCAGGGUCUACUGAAUAGUUUGAAUACCAUAAAAACUCUGCAACGAACUGAGGAUCGUCUCCAAGAACUGCUCAACGAAGGCAACUACCCAGGUGCUAUAUCCUUAUUACUAGAGUGUCAAAGUGCAGCACAGACAUAUAAACAUUUCCACUGUGUGGCAGCACUCAAUGGCAAGCUUCAGGACACUCUAGAGCAGGCAGAAGAAUUAUUAGACGUCGCUCUCUCAAAAAUGUGUACAGAUUUCGACAUAAUGAUUUAUUCCUCUGUCCAAGAGGCUUACAAGCUCUUGGGGAAGACACAAACAGCAAUGGAUCAGCUGCAUAUGCACUUUACAGCCGCAAUUCAUAACACUGCAUUCACUGCAGUCCAUUCCUAUGCAGGUGGUGAUAUGAAGCGACAAUACAAGCAGCUAUGUCAGUCUAUAUCUCAAGAAAAUUUUAUAAUUUGUUUAACGGAACUGUGUAAGUCCCUAUGGGCUAUUCUGAGCUCGUACUACCUAGUGGUGAGUUGGCACAAUGCGCACGACGACUCCGCCAAGCAGAAAGCAGACGACAAGGACUUGGAGGCAACGUUCAACAAGCAAUACGUUCAACAGAAAUUAAAAAAUGGCAUGUUUCGGAUCUGGCACGACGUGGAGAUGAAGAUUUCUACGUACCUAAUGGGCGCCAACCUAGCGUGUUUUAAGUUCGAGCAGUUUGUCCAGGUCCUGGCCAUAGUUCACCGUCUGAUGGAGGUAGGCGAUGAACUCUGUGGAAGUCCAUCGGAAAAUCUGCAGGAGUCUAUUAGGAAGCAGAGCAUGUCCUACUUCUCGCACUAUCAUGCAUCUCGGCUGGACGAACUCAGGAUAUUUCUAGAGAAUGACGGCUGGGAACUCUGUCCUGUAAAACCGACCUUCAUGGCUACACAGUUGCAGGAGUUUAAGAGCCUUAAACCUGUUCUGAAUAGUUAUAAGGUUAGAAACAGUCCAGAUGGGUCUAACUUAAGUGAGAAUGGAAGUUCAGGAGCUGGUGGAUGGCUACAGCGUUACUUGGAGGCAGGAACGUCACCUUUUAAUGUUGGACUCGACGAAACUGCUGAUGAAGACAUCCUUGCUAACAUAGGAGACGAACCAUCUGGUUACUUCUCAGAGGAUUCCGAUGAUGACAUACCUGAGGAGCUCAAGAGAGACUAUGUUGAUGAACCAGAACACGCUUUAUUAUUGAAAAGGAAGCACAAGAGCAAACAUGUUGGUCCCAUGGUCACUAAUACCACGCUCAGUGUCCUCAGGGUCUGUGGAAAGUAUUUACAGAUGUCAAGAUUGUUAAGAUCCAUCGCCAUUAAUGUCAUACAAAAUAUGAUCCAGUUUUUUGAGCUAUAUUUUCACACUGUACACACAUUCUUCACGUCUGACUUGCAAAUCAACAGUGACACCCUAUAUAGUCCAAAAUUGAAACUGACCCUGGCACGCAUCCGAGAGAAUUUAAUAGCCAGCGAGAAUGUCCCUGAGGAUCCCUUGCACAAGUACAGAGUCCGUCAACCUAGUCUCUCAUCAAUUGUCAACCUGACGCAACCUGAGAGACUCCACGGAUUGACAGAACGCGUAGUUGGUGUCGAAUCCCUACUCUUUUUGGGUCAGCAGUACGAUAGUUUGAGGCCUUACUUGGAACACUUAAUCUCCACUCCUCAGCGCGGAUUCCUGCAUCAGUUCUACACCCAGACUAUCGCAUCUGCAGCUGAUCUACGAAAACCAGUUUACAUGGCUGUGGUAUCACAGGCCUUCGAUGUGGCCACUGUCCUUAAUCUUAUGAACAAAGUCAACUGGGAGGUUCGAGACGUGAUGUCUCAACACAGUCGUUACGUAGACGUUCUACUUCAGGAAAUUCAUAAGCUGCACACGAGGUUAGACGAGAUUGGUAGUCGCGUACCGUUAUCUCAGGAAGUACAUCAUUCCAUUUGGGAAAACGUGGCGCAUCUCAUAACACACACCAUAGUGGAAGGGUUUUCUAACGCUAAGAAAUGUUCCAAUGGUGGUAGAGCCCUGAUGCAAUUGGACUUUACCCAGCUAAUGUCAAAAUUUGAAAAGUUGACCACGCUUAGACCAAUGCCACACAGAGAAUACGUUGAGCUGUAUGUUAAGGCUUAUUAUCUUCCUGAAAAUAUCCUUGAAGAGUGGAUCAAGGAGCAUUUGGAAUAUUCCACUAAACAUCUGAUCGGACUAAUUUCUUGUGCAUGUCAGAAUAACAAGAAAACCAGACAACGACUGAUUUCUAUUAUAGAAGAGGAGAGACCAAACAGAUAGCAUCAGGCUAUACGGUACAGCGCCUUUCAAGAUAAUGUGGAAAUAGAAGGGAUUGAUUAUAAUAUGUAGUAGAUUUCUCCAGGUACCAGUAACUGAAGGGGAAAAUAUCUAUUUUCAUUGAGAUGAUAGUUUACAGGACAUCAUUAAUAAGGAUGAUAUUUCUUGUCAUGAGUGAUAUGGCAUUAUACUUAGAAAUUUCUAGAGAAUCAAAGAUAAAAGAAAAGACAAAUGGACCAGACAGUGAAGAUCAUAAAAGGCGCUCAAUGAUUCUUAGCAACUUUGAUGAUAAUUUUUACCCAAUGAUCUGGCAUAUUAUUUAGUAUCUCCAGUUUGCAAAAUGACAGAUUAAAUAUUAAGCUUACGGACUAAGAUUUAUAAAUGUGCUGUAAAAACAAAUAAUGCAAAUGCACGCUGUGACCCUAGCCGAAUAGACUCAAUUGACCGUAGAGAGAAAAGUUUUCUAUCUCUGUGAAAAAUUUAUAAUCUUAUUUUUCUCCUUUAUUCUUCAUUAUUAAUUAAUCUUUGUGAGAUCUUUGUUGAAAUUGUACAUAUUUCUUUGUAACUGUGUGUAGCACACUGAUCAAUUUUUCAUUCUUAGUUUUAAUCGAGUCAUCAAGCUUUUACUUGGCAAAAUCUACAAAAAAUUGUGAAUUAUGAUUUUUAUGAAUUGCAAAUGAGAAUUUAAUGAAACAUUGAUCAUCAUUUGAUGUUUGUCUUUUGGAUUUCAUGCUUUAUUCUUUAUUGUUAUUUUAUUAAUCACUGCGGAUCAUCCAGAUUGAAUCUUUGUACCAUAAAAUUAUAAAAAUUAAAGAAAACUGCAAGAGCGACAGGCAGGAAAUGAAUGACCAUCUAAAAUCACUACAAAGUGUGGUGUAUAUGCUGAAUCGUUGAAUCUCUAUUAUUGUAUAAUUGUAUCAAUGUAUAUAAGGAACAUAAAAUUAUUUAUAAUUAAUCAA